AUGCAGAUGGUAUCUAGGCCCCGCCUCCUCCCUACUGUCCACAUUGCCUCAUUCUUCUCCCCAUUCCUUCCCCACUCAAUGCCUCCCCCACUAUCCAAUCCUCCACUGAAACUUGUAUUGGAGUAUUUGGAUGUGAAGAAACGGUAUCACAUUACAUCUCGUAAUAGUGCUCUUCAAAAAAUAGAUAAGACAAUCCCUUUUCACGUGAAAUAUCUUAGAAUAUGGAAUGGUUGUGUUUAUCUAGAAGAACUGCACGAACUCUUUCAUGAAGCAAAAGAACAAUUAGUGAAAAAGUAUUUGGAAGGGAGACCUAAUAUCCACGUGGAUCGCGCUAAAUUUCUCUAUAUGAAAUCUUAUGAACAAGUUCCCCUGAAACUCAACUUGAUCAUCAAUACAUUGGUAACAAUGGGUUGUUCCGAUUUUAGGAAUUUUCUUCCAAUGAUCGAUUCCCGCAGCUUCCCACUGAAAAAGCUGAAACUUAUUCAAGAGGAAUCAAUUGAUGCUGAUCAUCCAAUUAUUCAUACUACCGAAGAUGUGGUUUUUCAGUUCAACGGAGAGAACGAAUUGAUUAAAGGCAUUGAAAAACUUCAGAGAGAGAAACUGACUAUUCAGAAUAUUGGCUAUAAAAACGUCGAUGCAGUGAAAAUUAUCAAAGACUGGAUAAAGAACGGAAGGAAAAUUGGAACGGAGUAUUUCCUCUGUUUCACUUUUCAGUAUUGGAUUCGAUGGGUGCUGAUAGAUUUAGAAAAAGAAUUUGAUGAGUUCCAAAACGAUUUGGAAGGGAUCAAUGUGCAAUUUCUUGCCAGAGAGCCGCGGUUUUCGAUUCCAAUAAACCCAACAUCCAAGAUUAUCAUCUACGGAACUGAGAUACAGUCAAAGGACCGCACCGUCUAUCAACUUGUGUUUAAGGUGGUCUCUACUGAUGAGUGA